CUAGGCAUGCAGACUGCUUCUACAAACAUUCGUGAAAGAAUGGGUCGCUCUCAGGAGCUCAGUGAAUUCAAGCAUGGUACUGUGAUAGGUUGCCAUCUGUGUAAUAAGUCCAUCCGUGUCAUUUUCUUGCUAUUAAAUAUUCCACGGUCAACUGUUAGUGGUAUUAUAACAAUGUGGAAGCAACUUGGAACAACAGCAGGCCACCACACCGCCACUGGAGUCUAGAGCAGUGGAGACAUUUUUUUCUGGAAUGACCAAUCACACUUCUCUGUCUGGCAAUCUUAUGGACGUGUCCGGAUUUGGCGGUUGCCAGGAGAACGGUAUUUGCCUGACUGCAUUGUGCCAAGUGUAA